UAGUGAAACGGAAUACAACUGGGACAAACAAGGAUCAGUUCAAUUAACGCGCCAGUUUUGUUUGUUUUAAUCUCGGAACAAGUGGACAUGCAAGAAACAUUAUGUAAAUACCAAAAACCGACUCUGGAUUACUCUGCUCGUUGGGGCUGCUGUGGAGUAAACAUACCCCAACAGAGGAUGGUGAAAAUACACGCUGAUACGGAAUAAAAAAACAACAACGUGCAAAAGGCAUCGGGAUUCCCUUUGUCUCCACGUGUAGACGAGCUGUGAAGAAGGUGUGCAUGUAAAGCUGCCGUGGUUGGACAGCGAGGGAGAUACUUGAGGAAAGAUGAGGAAGAGCAGGAGUGUUCUCACGGUCUCUCCCAACAAUGACUGCAAAGAGCCUCCUGAUUGCUGCCUCAGUGAGUCUUUCACAACUCCAUCCUGCACACUGGGUGUUGACCUGCGCCGUGGUCGAAGGCGUUUCUCGGGCAACCUGCAGCUACCCCCGUUGUCAUGGCGUCAGGGGGAGAGGUCGCGGACACCUGAUGAAGAAAUCAUGGCCAGGCCGACAUCCUUGCCCUUUGGAGCCCCUCCUAGGAUAGAUAUCACGCCGGUUGAUCCUGAAUGUUUCGAUGUGGAGAAUGGCCCGUCCACCAGCUGCAGCCCUCUGGACCCCCAGGCCUCCCCCGGCUCUGGUCUGGUCCUCCACACUAACUUCCCCGGUCAUAACCAGCGCAGAGAGUCCUUCCUCUACCGCUCUGACAGCGACUAUGAUCUAUCACCAAAGUCCAUGUCACGAAACUCCUCCAUCACCUCUGAACUACAUGGAGAUGACCUGAUCGUGACGCCUUUUGCUCAGGUUCUGGCAAGCCUUCGAAGUGUGAGGAAUAACUUCACUGUACUGACCAAUGUCCAGUGUGCCUCCAGCAAGAGGUCUCCUGCAGCAACUACUCAGCCUCCAAUCACCAGAGUUUGUCUCCCAGAUGAGGCGUACCAGAAGUUGGCCCAGGAGACGAUGGAGGAGUUGGACUGGUGUCUGGACCAGCUGGAGACCAUCCAGACCUACCGCUCCGUCAGUGACAUGGCCUCCAACAAGUUCAAGAGAAUGUUGAAUCGGGAGUUGACGCACCUAUCUGAGAUGAGUCGGUCUGGGAAUCAGGUUUCCGAAUUCAUCUCCAGCACCUUCCUAGACAAACAGAAUGAGGUGGAGAUGCCAUCGCCGACAUCCAAGACGCGAGAGAAGAAGAAGCAGCAGAGGCAGCAGCUGAUGACACAGAUCAGCGGAGUGAAGAAGGUCUCGCAUGGGCCUUCGCUCUCCACCAGCAGCAUCUCGCGCUUCGGCGUCAAGACCGAUAAGGAGGAGCUGCUUUCCAAGGAGCUGGAGGACCUAAACAAGUGGGGCCUGAACAUCUUCACCGUUUCAGAGUACUCCCACAGCCGGCCUCUUACCUGCAUCAUGUACGCCAUCUUCCAGGAGCGAGACCUGUUAAAGACAUUUAAGAUCCCCGUGGAUAUGUUCGUGGCCUACAUGAUGACAUUGGAGGAUCACUACCAUUCUGAUGUGGCCUACCAUAACAGCCUGCAUGCUGCUGACGUAGCCCAAUCCACACACAUCCUCCUCUCCACUCCAGCACUGGAUGCGGUCUUCACAGAUCUAGAGAUCCUAGCAGCCAUCUUUGCUGCAGCUAUCCAUGAUGUUGACCAUCCUGGAGUAUCAAACCAAUUCCUAAUCAAUACCAACUCUGAGCUGGCGUUGAUGUACAACGAUGAGUCCGUGCUGGAGAACCAUCACUUGGCUGUUGGAUUCAAGCUACUACAGGAAGACAACUGUGAUAUCUUCCAGAACCUCACGAAGAAGCAGCGACAGUCCCUCCGCAAGAUGGUCAUCGACAUGGUUUUGGCCACUGACAUGUCCAAACACAUGAGUCUGCUGGCUGAUCUGAAGACUAUGGUGGAGACCAAGAAGGUGACGAGCUCUGGAGUGCUGCUGCUGGACAAUUACACCGACAGGAUACAGGUGCUGCGUAACAUGGUGCACUGUGCCGACCUGAGUAACCCCACCAAGUCCCUGGAGCUGUAUCGUCAGUGGACUGAUCGGAUAAUGGAGGAGUUCUUCCACCAGGGAGACAGAGAGAGGGAGAGGGGAAUGGAGAUCAGCCCGAUGUGCGAUAAACACACAGCCUCAGUGGAGAAGAGCCAGGUGGGUUUCAUCGACUACAUCGUGCACCCUCUGUGGGAGACAUGGGCCGAUCUGGUCCACCCUGACGCCCAGGACAUUCUGGACACGCUGGAGGACAACAGGAACUGGUACCAGAGCAUGAUCCCCCAGAGUCCCUCCCCGCCCUUCUACGACCAGGGCCCGCACGGACACAGUGGGGGGACCAGUGGUCAGGGAGGCGGGGAGAAAUUUCAGUUUGAGCUCACCGUGGAGGAGGACUUGAAUGGAAUAGAGAAAGAUGGCGAAGGGGAGGAGGACGAGGAGGAAGAAGAAGAGGAAGAGUUAGAAGAGGAGGAGGAUAGCCUGGGAGAGUCUCAAUGUCCUCCACUGGACUAUUUGGACAGUCAGGAGCUUGAGGAAGGCGGCAUGAUGGAGCCGGCAAUAGAGAUUGUGACACAUGAGGCGUCUCCCACAGACACAUAGGGCUUCCAUCAUCAGGCUCACACGGUGAUUUGAAAGUUUUUUGGCAAAAAAGGGGAAAUCCUCUUGCAGCUGUGCUUUUUAAUAAGCCCAGAGAAGCAAAGGCUUAGUUAGGUCCCUCACAGGGGCGUCUUGCACUUGGGUGUUUGAAGCCAGACACGGACGGACAGUUUCAGUGAGGCGGCUUCCGAGUUCUCAGGAAAUAAUUACUGCGAACAUUUUAGUCUUGAUGGACAGGCGAGACUGAGGGUGGAACUUGAAGGAUUUCGGGCAGUUUGGGAAAUGGUUACUUUCCUUUUCUGAACCGGCAUUAAAUGGACAUUGACACUACUGAGAGAAGUUUUGUACCUUAAGACUUUUUUACAGAUAUGAUAUGAUCUAGAAGUAGCAUAGAGUAAGAUCUACUGAUGGAGACACAUUUGUAUAGCAACAGAAAGUGUUUACUUUUUCCUGUAACAUUUGUCAAAGGACUUUUGUGUGCCUUUUUUACUAUUGUCUUUAUAAUAGUUUUUUAUUUAUUGAACACUCUAGUAUGUCUGUGAAAUGUUUUUUUUUCUUAUCUGAAAGAGCAAAAUCUUUUUUGUAUGUUAAUUAAAGAGAACAGUCUUCCAUGUAUUGGGCAAUAGAGAAAUCCAAACAAACGUUGACAAACUCAUCUGAAUAGGGAAACAUUAACACCCACAUUAUACACACAUAUUGUCACAUUUGUUUUUCAAUCUGAGCACAAUGUUUCAUACGUGGAAUUCAAACGCUUAUGUUCACUCAUGGUUCUUGUUACAUGUUUAGUUUGUUGCUUUCUACAUCAGUUGUCGGUCAAUGAAUGUCACAGUCACAUUGAAAUACAUCAUUUUCUUCAGACUCCUUCUCUCUAUACAUCAUCCUUUUUCUUUGUAACAGUCUACGGAUCAUUGGGGGCUUCCUACCUUUUUCACACCAUAAUUUGACUAAAGGAUGGUCUAGUUCACACCCUUAUAACCUACAAUAUACCACUAGAUAACAUUUUGCAGUAAUACAAGCAGGUCUAAAAGCAAAAAGCUCAUGACAACAGGCAGCUUGGAUCUGUAAUAAAAUAAGAAAUGAAGUCCAAGGACGAAAUGCACAACAGCGGUGAAUCUAUUUUUAGCCCACGAGUAUGCUGCAGUCUUAAUAAUCCUGUUAGAUAGAACAGGUCCUGACCCCGACCCGUCUGAUUUAACGCCCCCCUUGCCCGCUGCAAUCAGGCCCAGACCAGAUGAUUAAAGGUGCUCUUACAGCUGCCUAUUUGAAAGGCGCUCUCAGACCCUCAUCAGCGCCACUAUUCAUAUGGUUUACAAACCCCUCUGGGCUCCACGGACACGACCCCAAAACAAUCAGGCCGGCUAUUUCUUCCUCACGAUAAAAAUCCCUCAAGUGCUGCGUCGACUCAUUGACGUCAAUUGAAUUUUUUUCCCUCCCCCUUGACUGUAUCAGGUUUCCAGGACAGGCGGCUUAUUAGGAUUUGGCACAGAUGGAAUUGCUGGAUUCAGCAUGGCAGACUGUACCAUUUUGAAAAAAAAGAGAGGAAUAAUUAAGUGUUCUAGUUUUAAAACAAACCAAACAAUGCCUGUUUUUGUUUCUGAAUAUGGUUUGAAAAGGGUGUGCUGACGACAUUUCUGCUCCUAUGGCUUUCACGACUCAUUUUUAUGGAUCUUCUAGUUGUAUUAAUAAUUGCAUCUCUCCGUUUUCAUAUUAGUUUACUGAUAUACUCAAAGGUACUUCAUCUAUUUUCACUCCAGCAUGCUUAAGUGGCAAUUGUUUGUGUGCUGUACGUAUGAAAGGUUUUGUAUGUGUGUGUGUUUGGAUGUGUUGACUUUGUCAUCAGGCCUUAGCCCCUUCACUCUACACCUUUGUCUCUACUGUUUGUCGCUAGGAGCUCAAGUUGGUCCUUUUUGCUGUUUAUAACAGUGUGUAUUUAUUCUCUACUUUAAGCUUGUAAAUAAGAAAUACUGGUUCAGUGUAAAAUCUAUUUUAAUUUAUAUGCACUUGCAUUACCUGGAAGUGGUGGUGUCUAAUGUGUAGAAGACUCUGGAUUAGAGUCUUUUUAUAUAUGUAUUAUAUAUUGUUUUUAUAUAUAAAUAUAUAUAUAUAAAUAUAUCUAAGUAUAUAUUCGCACAAUGUUUUGAAUGCCCAGCAGAGCAGCAGCUAAAGAGACAUGUUGUUGUUGUCACAUGAGAACCUUGUAACUACAAAUAGCCUUUUUAUUUUUACAAGAAAAUGAAAAACCUUAUAUUAAGCUUAUUAUGCAGGAAUAUUAAACCAAAACAUUUUUAUCACUUUGAAAUCUCUUGUGUCAGCUAAGUUACAUUUCUGUAAUAAUAGCCAGAAUUUACAGAGGACUUUGCAUGUCCUCUUUUUGUUUCUGAUGGAAAACUAUUUUGGUCCAACUGAGUUUUUGAAGCUACAAGGUUUUCAUCUGACAGCAGCAAUUUGGUAAACCAGAGGCGACAUAGAGGACAUGUUAAACUGCAUAGGCUUGGAAAUAGGAUACAUGCAGGCUAGCUAAGGAACACAGAAGCUUAGUCAAUGCUUGGUAUCAAAGUACACAAAUAGCUUAUUUCUCUCGGCGGCUUGUCACAACCUUAGCUUCUCCAUCCAGCAUUUGAAUGCAGAUUGCUGAUAUAUGAGGCCAGAUAGAUACAGGUUUGACAGACAAGCACAAAGCGAUUGUCUCCUUUUACACUUAACGCACUUCAUGUAAAAGUAGAUAACACGGGGACGGUAUUGGUAGCAUGCUACAAUACGCCCGGCACUGACGUGAAUCGUUCUGAAUUAACAACAAAACAUGAUCGUAUGUAACUGAUUGUGCUAAUGUGUGAACCUAUUUCUGACCAAACUUGUUAGCAGUUUUGAAAUUCAAAUUUGUCAGUAUUAACAUUGUUUAUCUAUGUUCAAGCUUUUUUUGGUCCUAGUUGUGUCCAAAUGGUUAGCCAGAUUUAGCACUAUCUGCAUGAGAGAUGGUUUUUUUUUUAUUGUCAAUAAUAUGUUCAAGUCCGCCAGUUGGUGGGUUAUUAAAUGUUUCACACAAUGUAUGGUAUUAUAUUGUAUAUUGUGUUCAAAAAUAAAUCUGAAAUACUUUUUCUAUUAAGUGAUUAAAAGCAAAGCAUGAAUAUAUUGA